GCAUGUCGUCCUCGGCACCGGCAGACUCAGCUCCGGCUAUCGCCCGAUCAACAAGUCCGAUUAUGCCGUGUCGAUGAUCUCGCUUUGAUCGAUUUUUUACUCGCGUUCAACUACCACUACUACUACUACUACUAUUACCGUUUGCGAUGUGCCCGCGGUUCUCUCGCCAGUGAGGGUUAUCGGCGGAUGACGUUUCGGCGAACGCUGUAUAUACCUAUAUAGGCGCACGUGAAAGAGAGAGAGAGAGAGGGAGAGAGAGAGAGAGUGGGUUGUAUAGUGGAGAGAGUACUACGAGACGCGCAGAGAGACGCCGGUCAUUGAAGCCGCCGCCUUUUCCCGGCUGCUGUAGCUGCUGCUUGCGAGGGACAUCGUGCGCUGACCGGAUCCUUUUUGCGGAUGAGGCUUCACGCUUGCAGGCGGAGGACGACGCGGACUCUGCGGAAAAAUGAGCAGCCACAAAAGCAGCUGCAUCGCCGGCUUUCCGACUAGCCCGCCAGAUAAGAGCCGCAGCCACGAACGUUCUACCCCGCAGACGGGCUCCUUUUAGAAUUCCUCGCGCGUCGCGCCUGAGCAGCGCAGACGUCGGGCUCAGCCAGCCAAGACGGAGAGUCAGCCCCUCGGCUGCACGAGGUGAAAGUUCGAGGGAAAAGAGAGAGGGACACAGAGAGGAGAGACAGAGGCAAAAGCGAGAAGAUGGGCGAAAGCUCGCCGGAUCUGAGCCUCCGGCUGCGCCGAGGUAGCUCGGACUCCAGGGAUUCCUUCUACAUGGACUUCGCCCAGGGCAUAGACUCGGACAUCGAGGAAGUGCCGCGGAGGAACGACAACCUGGACGCGAUGAUGGCCGAGUCUCUGGACGACAAUGGGACGGAUCUGUUGCCGAUGGUGGCCGAGGACAUACCCACGAUACCGGAGGAGGCGUCCGAGGAGCUGAGGCUAGAGGAGGAAGCCGACGCACUCGAGGCCGCCCUCGCGAGCGCCAACGAGGCGUCGGGAAUGAAGAAGGAGAAGGACAAGGACAAGAUCACCACCGACUGGCCGGGACUGCCGGCGGCUCUGCCGUCGCCUGCCUCGCCGUCCGCCGUGAUCGUCUCGCCGGAGACGCUCUCGAGACACAGCAGCAGCUCGCCCUCGAGGAACAACAAUCGACAGGCCCAGUACGUGCUGGCCCUGCCCUGUCCCACUGGGCCGCCCAUCCCUGCGGUCUGCUAUCCGGCUCCGAACUAUCUCGAGCUGGAGGUGACCACCGACAGGAACUGGAAGUACCUCGGCUGCGAUGCGUUCGCGACGACGCUGAGCGCCCUUUACGGCAAGCUGCUGGUCGUCAUGGGCAUCGCCUUCCCCAUGGCGGAAGUCAUUUCCACCUACAUCCCGCCCUCGUUCUACGAAGCCUUCUACCUCUACCUCUACAUCGGCAGCAUGCUCUUCCUCCUCGUCAUGUACGCGACCAUGUGCGGCGACAGCAAGCCCAAGCAGAAGAAGCAGAAGGACGUGAGCGACCUUGACUCGUCGCAGUCGUCGUCGGGAGUCGGGGCGGACAGCGACGGAGCCGAGGUCAGCUGCGGCACCCACCUGGCUGCCGCCAGACCGGCCCAGCACUACGGCAGCUUCUAUCUAAGGAUGGGCGCGGUGGCCUUCGGCAUCGGCUCGAUGAUCUACUCGGGCCUCGAGUUCGGCCAGUACUUCGAGCUCGAGCGCAACACCAAGUGCCACAACAUCAUGCUCGCGCUCACGCCCGCUACGCGCAUGGCCUUCAUUUUCAUCCAGAUGUACUUCAUCUUUCUCAACGAUAAGCAAAUGAAAGUCUACAGUCACAGGGUCAUCGCGCGAUUCGGGCUGAUGCACAUGAUCGGCACGAACCUCUCCGUCUGGCUGAACGUCCUGGUCCAGGAGACGAAGCACGAGAUCCUCACCUUCUACAACCCGGAGAACAACUCGCUGAGGAUUUCUCACCGUCUCGGUACGAAGGCAGGGCACAUACACCUGCAAGGGGGUCAUGCUCACGUGCAGCACACCGAGGGACACCAGCAUGCCACUCAGCACGCGAGGCUGCCCCGUGGACUCAAGGGUCCACACCACAUGUUCGAAUGCCGGCGCACCAACAUCAUGGGCUCGCUCGUCCAGGACGCCAGUCCGUUUCUCUUUCCCUGCACCAUCGAGUACAGUCUCAUCUGCGCGGCUAUACUCUACGUCAUGUGGAAGAACAUCUCCAAGGCGCAUCCCAAGAAACCCGCUAUGCCACCCGCUAGGCAUCAUACUCACGCUUCUUACAGGAGAUCGCCUCACCACUACAGCGUGGAUUGCGCCCGAGCCCACAAGGGCCUCUUCCUGGGCAUCCUCAUCCUCGUUCUCACCAUCAUCUCUCUGAUCCUCUUCUUCGUGCUGACCUCUCGACCGGAGCUGGUGAACCUCGCCGUGACGGAGGUCAACAUCUGCGAGCUGACCCUCUACGGGAUGUCGACCCUGGCCACCAUGAUAGGGAUGUGUCAGAUGCGAAAGCUGCGCUACGACGGCAACCGGAACCUCGAGCUCGAUAACAUCCUUCUCGUGGCGGCGCAGACCGGCAUGUUCAUCUACUCGACCUUCACGAUAAUCGGCAGCCACUUCACCCUCGAGAAGCACACGAUCCUGGUACUCAUCACCGCGCUGGCCAGUGUGGUCCAGACGACCUUCCAGACCAUAUUCAUCCUGGACGCCUCGAGGAGAUCGGUAGCAACGGCCGAACAGAUCCGGCAUAAGCCCGGCAGGGAGAUAGUCACGUUUCUACUGGUCACUAACCUGGCCAUGUGGGCCAUCAACACGCUAGAGAAGUCCAGGGCGGAAUCGCAUCCGGUGCAGCUGCACUUCUAUGGACUCUGGGCCUGGACCAUCAUCACGCACGUCUCCAUGCCGCUGGCUAUCUUCUACAGGUUUCACAGCACCGUCUGCCUGUGCGAGGUGUGGAAGAAGGCUUACAAGGUGAAGCCGACUUACAUGUGACGCAAGGGAUCGUCCGAGGCGGCGCGCAAGAGGAAGCGCUCGCUCGGCGCCAUCAGCAAGACAGCCAACAACUGUCACCUGGUCCAGCGACCGAGUAACCUGCCCGCGCGACUCGACCGUAUCGCCGAGAACGAUCCCACGUACUUCAUCUGAUCGCUUACCCUCGCGAAGUUCCAGCAGAUCGCCGCCCAGAGGGUCCCACCGCGCAGGUCCAUACUCAUACUCCGAGACGAGCUCUAAAUUGCGGAAGCUUCGUUUCACCUGUGCGCCGAUGAAACGCUUGAUGAGUUUUGAAAAAAAAAAAAAUGAAAUCACUCUGAAAGGGUAAACCGGAUGAAUUAGCGCCGGGUAUACGGUUUCAAACGCGCAAGUGUUUUAUCGGCGCACAAGCGCUGCAGUACAGGAUCGUAUUUCCGCGCGCGGAUAGGGGGGCCUAAAGGCUGAUCAACUGGAAAUUCGCGAGAAUCGAUGUGACCGUAUGCUGUGAUUGCGAUAGUCCACGUGACCUCUCCCAAACGGUCGAGGCAGCUUUCCAUUCGAAUCGAUCGAUAAUCGGAUUUCCCGUGCGCGCACCGACAAAGGAUUCGCACACAUUGGCUUUUCUGACUGACCGUCAGAUUUGGAAUUCAAAGUUUCGAAUGGAUCGCGCUCGAUCUCUCACGUUUCUCAAUCGAUGUCAGCGAGUUCCAGAUCCCUUGAGGAUCGAUGCGAAAAGUCCCAGCUGUGAUCGUCAAAAUUAAGCUGUCCGAUUCGAGGAGCAAACGCGAUAAUUGAUAGUCGAUAAUCUUUGCUCUUAGAAACGAUCGCUUUGAAAAUUCUGUAGAUUAUUUCGCGAUUGUCCAUGUAUUAUUAUGGCCGUGUAUUCCGUAACGCUCAAUUUCGGAGUCGACAAUCCAAAAUGCCAACAAGACAGGAAAAUGGGAAAACAACUAUGCGCCGGAAAAAAUGUCAUGGGACUCUCGAGCCGAUAACGGAGUACACUGUGUAAAUCCAAAGUACAUAAUAUACACACGUUGUUUUAUUAGCUUGCGAUCCUCGUCUUGAAAAAAUCGUUUGUGCAAACCGAUUGUACAAGCUUGUGGAUCAUAUGUUCUCUUAUAUUUCCGAAAGUAGUGCGGCAUUAGUGUUAGAAAAAAAAAUGCAAAAGAAGGUUGUGGAGAAAUCAAGCGCGUAAUCGCCUCGUGAAUAUCGCUUCUAAGCUUUUGUCCAUUAGUGUUAAAAAAAAAGACGACAGCGUGUAACAUUAUAGCGAGUAUCGUUCUUUUUGUUUUGUUUGCUUCGACGACGAGCAAAGGCCGUAUAGAAAUUUUUGGACUAACCAUUUUGUAAGAUGCCUAACGCCUAAGUAGACGAUCCUAUUCUAGCGUUAGGACGAACCAACAAAAAUGAAAGGACCACUUCGAUACUGUAGAAUUAUUCGAUCUAACGUUUUAUACCUUUUUAUACGUGAAAUUUUUCCUAACGAGUAUUUUUCUCGUUAGAAUGAAAGUAGAUCGAGAACAAUUAGUAAAAGCCUAGAAUUUUCGCGGACCGAAUAGUAGAAAAAAAUAAACGAAAUAUAAUGAUCGAAGCAUAGUUCAAUCGCGCGCAGUUGAUGCACGAACCGAUAAUAAGUUUCUAGUAACACUCACCACUCGUCUUCCAUAGAGUACAAAGAAUCGGGAACUAAUUUUCUCAAUGGAACAUUUCUUUACCUUGCUAUAUUCAUCUACUGAAAAAUUUUUCCAUACACUCGUACGGACAAUUCUUCAUAAUCGAAAGGUGCCUGUUGCGCGAAAACACAGUAUCUAAACAAAUUGGAUAUAACUGAUCAGUCAAAGCUUCAAGUAAUUCAUUCAGGCAGAAAAGAAACCAACACACGACGUAAUUCAGAUUGAGAGUUGUGGGUACAACGGCCAGUCAUAUCAGUGAGGAUUCAAAAUCGCUGGCGAUCGGUAAAAGCGCUCAGCAAAGCUGAGCCGACGAUUAUAUUGACUCGAGUAUAUCGGUAUAUACUCAAACUUUGUUUCAUUUUUAUAUAUUAUCCAAGAGGAUUGAAUGACAGCGAGGAUGGCGAUGUUUUCUUUUUCGAGAAAGAAGCUGAUGAAUGAAUGGAUCGAUCGAAUCACGAAAGAAAGUGAAUAGUAGCGAUUAAGCAUACCCGUAUUAGAAUAGCAGAAUAAAUUUUUUCUCAUUUCUACGAAAAUGAAAUGCGACUGUCGAAUUAAGAGUAUAACUUGUAAUACGUGUAGUUGUGUUAAGAGUAUUAAAACGGGAAUAACGUUGCUUUUUAAAACUUUUUUAAAUAUAUUCUGUAUAUGCGUACUGGUUGAUGAACAAAAUUUUUGAAUUAUCGUUUUGAAGCAAUCGGCUCUCAACCGAUGCUAAAUCGUAGAGUUCUUCUAGAUGUACAGCAAUAAAGAUGUGAUAUUUUUAAUUGUUUAAGUUUAAUCGCGCCUCGCGAGCGCGACGUAUGCCAAAUAUAAGUUGUGUACGAUGAUUCCACGGCGAAAGAAAUGUGAAAAAACGUAUUCUGAUCCUGAGUAUAUAAUAUGAUGGUCGAUUCACCUAUAUUUGAAAGGAACAAGGGACAAACAUGUAUUGACUAAAAGAAAAAAGAAUGAAUAGAGUGAAAAAUCAAUUGUUCGACGCGAUCGGUCGAUUAAGAAAUCUGAUAUAGAGCAAUCCUAGCUGUAAAAUAAUAGUUGACUAGUGUAAGGUCGACGAUUCUGUAAAUACGAGGGAAAAAAUAUUCUUGAGUGUUUUUAGACUAGUCGUGUCGACAUGUUUCUUCCUAUUAUGUAAUUGAAUUAUAUAUUAUAUAUACACAUAUACAUAUACAUAUACAUAAAGCUAUAUUAUAUAUCUUUAUUAUUGCGUUGUUCUAUUAUAAUAUUUAUUGUAAACGUCGCGAACGCCGACACGUUUUACAGAUACUAUGAUAAUAUUCAAAAACCAAAGGAACACACAGCAUAGACACAUUUAAAUUCACACUAUGCGUUUGUGCUGAGAUGGAAAUGCUACUCGUUUGCCAGUCGAUGCAAUCAGAGAAGUUGAAUGCCACUUCAUUACUCCAGCAAAUUUCUGUUAUAUCAUUUGAGUCACAUUGAAGUCGCGAUGAAUAGCUCAUCGAUUGGUAGAUAGCAACCUGUUCAGAAAUAAAAGUAAAAAAACGUAAAACCGAUAAAAAUUGUUUGUCACUGUUCUUAAUCCUGCAUAUUAUAUAGCGCACUAUGGGUAGUUCAUCGGUUUGUAAAUUUGUAGAAAACGCGGAGACUUAAAUUGCAUCUUUGAACUGACUUGAAAAGCAGAGUAUAGGAUAGAUUCCUGUAUAGGCGAGAAGAACAAAUGAGAAAUCAGAGUUAUCACAGCACAAACGCGCUAUAACGAGUCGCAUUUUUCUAUGUCCGCAUACUCUAGUUCCUACGCAAUGUUUGUACUCUCGUACCCUUUAUACUAUUUGUACCUUACGAAUCGCAAUACACAGUCGUCCGGAAUACUCGUCGAGAUUGAAAAUAAGCAGAGAAAGAAAAGAAACAAGAAAGAUAUAAAAAAAAUUUUAAAACUUUA